AUGAAGCAAGAUAUUAAUACAAGUUAUAGUCAACAAAUUGAUCGAUUACAAGAUGAGGAAUGUGAUAAUAAUGAGAUGACUGAAGAUUCUUUGAUUGAAUUUGAGAACAAAUAUAAACAGAUGUCGACUGAUAAAAAUGGAAACUGCCAUCGAGUAAAUUUGUUGAAGACAUUAUUUAUAAUUAUGUUAGAUUUUAAAUACGAUCUAAGCUAUCUGAGAUAUCCAUAUACUUAUGCAUCCACAUGUUCUAAUACAUUGAUCUUGUGUGAAGAUUAUGAAAUAUCAACACAAGGUUUUGCACAAUUUAGAAAUGAUUUAAUUGAGGCAUUUUAUAAUUGUGAAGGAUUUAUAAAUAUCAAUGCAAAUCAACCUGAAAUAAUUGAUUUAGAAAGUAAUAACUUAUCAAAUGAAAUCAAUUCAUUUCCACUGUAUUCUAAGUGUAAUUCACAUUCUUCACCUCAACAACCUUCAUUUCAAAUGCCUACCAAAGACCAACUACAACAUAAUCCAUAUAUUAGAAACAAUUCCAAUAAUAAUGGAAACAAUAAUGUCCAAAGAAGAUAUAGACAAAGACAAAGAUCUAAUAAUAAUAACUUUGAAUUUAUUAAUUAUUCUAUUGAUAAUUAUGUUAAUGGUAACCAACAUUAA